UGACGAGCGUCGUGAUGCUACAAAAAUAUCGAUAGUCGCCACUCCCAUCCCUAAGUCCCCGCCAGCUGAUGUUUAUACCGACUAUUUAUUUUCCUGUUCAAAACAAAAAGAUUCUGGAGGAUUAAAUGGUUAGCAUUGCUUAGAAAUGGAGUGCACAGCUGGGCCAAUCACAUCUCUCGGGUUCCCUGGAGGCAAAACCACAGUUGGGCACCGAAGACCUUCGAUUGGAGGAGGAGGAGCUGGACCUUAGGUUCCCUGUAGAUAAACAGUACACAGAACUACACCGCAAAAUUGAAAUGGAGGUCCUGGUUAAGGAUGAACCACGGUCGGAAGAUGAGGAGCUUCGAUUGGAGGAGGAGGAGCUGGAAAUUAGGUUCCCUGGAGAUAAACUGCACCGCAAAAUGGAUAUAGAAGUCCUGGUAAAAUAUGAACCACAUUCAGACGACGAAGAUCUUCGAUUGGAGAAGGAUCAGCUGGACAUUAAAAUGGAGCCUCCGGUAGUAGAAGAGCACGAAUCAGAAGAGGACUCUUUCAUGCAGGAGGAGAUCUCUGUAAAGGUGGAGUCCCCGCUGCUGGAAAAAGUUAAGGAAGAACCUGACUUUAGGAGUAGCCACCACGUCAGGCUGGCGACCUGUUGUAUGCCCAACUGCGGGCAGAAGGAGACCGGUGAAAUCCGGUUGUUCGGUUUUCCCAGCGAUAAGAACCUCCUGAUCCAGUGGCUGGUGAACACCCAAGUGAAGCCUCGCCUGGUUAAUCCCGCAGAACUCUACGUUUGCCAACUGCACUUUGAACACGAAGAUAUCCAAGGAAGCUCUCUGCCUGGGCGCUGCCCACUUUGUUCCUUGGACACGAUGACUAUAUAA